GCCGCGCCGCGCCCGCGCCUGCGCCCGGCCCGCUCCCGCCGCGGCGCAUCCUCGCCCGCGCCCCGGCCCCGGCCCCGCGGCGUCCUGCUCUCCUCCCGGCGGGCGCCGGCCAUGCGGCUGCGGACGCGCGGGCCUCGGGCCGUCCCCACCUCCGCCUCCGGUGCGGGGGCCGGCGACGCGCCGCGCUUGGCGCCCCCGGGGCGGAACCCUUUCGUGCACGAGCUGCGCCUCGACGCUCUGCAGAAGGCCCAGGUGGUCUUCAUGACGCUGACGCUCUUCCCCAUCCGGCUCCUGUGCGCGGCCUUUAUGAUGUUGCUGGCCUGGCCCUUUGCGCUGCUGGCUUCUCUGGGACCUGCCGACCAGGAGCCUGAGCGGCCUCUGGCCUUGUGGCGUAGGGCUGUGGACCUCCUGCUCAGGGCCAUCAUGCGGGCCAUGUGGUUCGCCGGCGGCUUCCACUGGGUGACCGUGAAGGGGCGGCAGGCGCUGCCCUCCGAGGCAGCUGUCUUCACGCUCGCCCCCCACUCCUCCUACUUUGAUGCUAUUCCCGUCACCAUGACGAUGUCGUCCAUCGUGAUGAAGGCUGAGAGCAGGGACAUCCCGAUCUGGGGAACUCUGAUCAGGUACAUCCGGCCAGUGUUCGUGUCCCGCGCUGACCAGGACUCUCGCAGGAAGACGGUGGAGGAGAUCAAGCGGCGGGCGCAGUCCAAAGGGAUAUGGCCCCAGAUCAUGAUUUUCCCAGAAGGCACCUGCACCAAUAGGACCUGCCUCAUCACCUUCAAGCCUGGUGCCUUCAUUCCUGGGGUCCCCGUGCAGCCCGUGGUCCUGCGCUACCCAAACAGGCUGGACACCAUCACGUGGACGUGGCAGGGGCCUGGAGCGUUGAAAAUCCUGUGGCUGACGCUGUGCCAGUUCCAUAAUCGGGUAGAGAUUGAGUUCCUGCCAGUGUACAACCCCUCGGAGGAGGAGAAGCGGGACCCCGCGCUGUUCGCUAGCAACGUGCGGCGCAUUAUGGCAGAGGCCCUGGGUGUUGCUGUGACUGACUACACCUUUGAGGACUGCCAGCUGGCCCUCGCUGAGGGGCACCUGAGGCUGCCGGCCGACACCUGCCUGUUGGAGUUUGCACGGCUGGUGCGGGGCCUGGGGCUGAAGCCCGAGAAACUGGAGCUGUGCAGGUACGCAGGGCGCGCCCAGCAACAGGGGCCCAAUAAGGUCAACCUGGCGCAGUUCGCCAAGUGCCUGGAGGUGGCCGUGUCGCCAGCGCUAGAGGACCUGUUCGCGCUGUUUGAUGAGGGCGGGGCCGGCGAGGUGGACCUGCGUGAGUACGUGGUCGCCCUGUCAGUGGUCUGCAGGCCAUCCCAGACCCUGGACACCAUGCAGCUGGCCUUCCAGGUGUACGGCUCGCAGGAGGACGGCAGCAUAGAUGAGGACGCCCUGGGCAGCAUCCUCAAGACCGCGCUGGGCGUGGCAGAGCUCGAUGUGGCUGAGCUGUUCCAGGCCAUCGAUGCCAACAGCAAGGGCAGGAUCGUGUUUGCUGACUUCCGCAGGUUCGCUGAGGCACACCCCGACUUUGCCAAGGAGUACCUGUCCACCGUGCGGGCAUCCCCAGAUGGCUGCUUGCUUGCUGUGCCCGUGCCCACACCCAAUGGUUUCUGCGCUGACUUCAGCCCGGCCAGCACGUACCCGGGGCCAAGGCCACUCUCCAAGAAGCGGGACUAAGGGGACUUGGGAGCCGUGUGGCCCUCACAGGCUGCAGCCCAACGUUUUUUAAUCUACAGAGACAGUUUUCUAUGUCACUUCCUGUUGGGGCAGGACCGCCCCUUUUCAGAUCCACUUUUCUACAGAGGCACUCCC